GUGUGUGGGUGUGGGUCUGCGUGUUGUUUGUGUGUGAUCACCUGACCUGGUGACAUCACAAAGGUGUAAAACCUGUCUGUUUUUAUUGAGGAAGUGAGGUAUGACCGCGCCCGCGGACGCACACUGGCAGUAGCAUGUCUCCCUGUGCAGUAAUGUCCUCUGGGACUCGAUGGCUCCAGCUGCUCCUGCUCCUGUGUUGCCUGCAGACGGUCCUGUCGCAGAAAGAAGAUAGAGGCUUCACCGGUACAGAGACCAAUAAUGGGGUGUGGGUCAGCUCCCAAGCCAAAGAAGUCCUGAGCAGUCGCCUCACGACCGUCUUCCUCCCGAUUAUCUACAUCAUCGUGUUUGCUGUGGGGCUGCCCACCAACGCCAUGGCGAUCUGGGUAUUCCUCUUCCGCACCAAGGAGAAGCACCCGUCAUCCAUCUUCAUGGCCAAUCUGGCCCUGUCCGACCUGCUCUUCGUCAUCUGGGUCCCCCUAAAAAUCGCCUACCACUUCAACGGCAACAACUGGAUCUACGGAGAGGGUCUGUGCAAAGUGCUGGUGGGGUUUUUCUACGGCAACAUGUACUGCUCCAUCAGCUUUAUCACCUGCAUAAGUGUUCAGCGUUACUGGGCCGUGGUCAACCCGCUGUCCGUGCAUCAGAGGAGCAACCGUAUAGCUGUGUGCGUCUCCGUUGCAGUGUGGGUGGUAGUCUGGCUUCUCACCAUCCCUCUCUACCUAUACGACCAAGAGGUCCAUAUCGAAAACCUCGACAUCUUCACCUGCCACGACGUCACCAAGCCCAGUCAGAAGAAAAUGGCAGCAGGCUAUUUCCUGACAAUGGGAACAGUGGGGUUUGUAGCUCCCACUGUCGUGUGCAUCAUCUCCUACGUCCUCACGCUCAAGGUGCUCAGCAGGAACAACAUGAUGGACGAGAGUGUCGCCAAGAAGCGACGGAAGGCCAUAAUCUUGAUCAUCACGGUGUUGGUUAUGUUCUUAGUGUGCUUCACCCCCAGUAACAUCAUGCUGCUGGUGCACUACAUCCUGCUGCUGGGCGAGGCGACCAACAACCUGUACGGAUUCUACAUCACCACCCUGUGCUUGGCGAGCCUCAACAGCUGCUUAGACCCCUUUGUGUACUACUUCAUCUCAGAGGACUUCAGGAGCCAUGUGAAGAACACGUUCCUGUGCAGGAGUGAGAGGACAGUGGAGAGGAUGAGGGUCUCCUUCAGCGCUCUGAAAUACUCAAGGAAGAGCAAAUCGUACACGUCCGACUCACGCAACACGCAGAGCUCUGAUUGUUAAUGAACCGAUGCUUUUGGUUUUAAGGUUAGAAUAAAAUUGAUUUCUUUCUUUCUUUCUUUUUUUAUUUUACGAGAAAUGAUACGUCUUCGUGCACGUUCAGGAGAGUCUCCUGAGAUGUAAUGAGCUCAUCGAAGCAUUGAGCUGUCUUAGGUUCUGUUUCUUCAAAUAAAAAUUUAGUUUUUUUUAAUACUUUUGACAACUUCAGAUUUGAAUGCACUUUUGCUUGACAGUUUUGUUAAUUCAUUUAUUUGUUAAUUCAUUUUUAUUGUGUCUUAUCUUUUAGUCAGUGCUGUAUUUGUAUUGAGACAAACUCUUAACUUUCAUAUUCAGACCUAAAAUUGCCAAAAAUGUAAUAUGUUGAAUAUAUGAUAUAAUCUUUACAUGUUGUUGUUUUUUAAGUAACUUUAUUAACUUUUAAGUCUGCCUAUAAAAGUACCUGCCCAGCAUAUGUAUCUUCCCCCCAGUCACAACAUCUGACAGUAUUGUGAGCCAGGCAGGCAGUUGGAAAGGUCACGCUGAGUGUUUCUUGUUUUCAAAACCGUCUGCUGCUUUGUUUUCAUCUGCAGCUUUUUGGUGCCUAGUAGAAAUGUCUGAAAUGCCUCAUUUACUGUUGUUCCAACCUAUGUGUGUAUAUUUUAACACUUUGAUAAAAUAGGUUAAGCGUACUGUUGUUGAAUUUUUUUUUUUAUGGUUUUUUUUAAAAUGUUUUUAUGUUCUUUCAUUCUUUGAUUCAUUUUGGUCCUGCUAAGUCUGUAUUGCUACCUCAGGACUGGAACUGGUCACAUCACUGUUAAAGCUACAUUGAUUUCAGAGCACUGGGCCUUACAAAAACAGAGUAAGGUGUUUUUUCAUAGAAUCUAUAUCCAUGCCACAGGAGUCAAAUAUUAUUUGAUACUAUACUAUCACUAACCCUGUCAGUUAGUGCAGAUCCGAUGAAAUGUAAUCAGAUAACUUUUAUUCAAGCUUUUUAGAUAUAUUUUAUUUUGAACAUUUGUUGUUUCACUGUGUGGGUUCUGCAAUAAAAAUGUUGAAUAACCAGCAGAAGAAUUAAUCUGAUGAGUGUGUCAGCAGAGAACCAACCUUCCACGAUGAGUUAUAUGUUG